AUGGUCAAAUAUCAAACAGAUGAACUCUAUGCACGUGCCAUCGAAAUUGUCGAUUAUCUUGAUACACCGGAAAUAGAAAAGACCUUUACUGAAUUUGACGAUAAGCUCACCGCAAAAGUUGACACAAAACUGAUAACAUUCAAGGGUAUUAGCUUAACUAUUUGGACCCAAUUCAAGCAAAUUUUCGAUAAGAUUAAGGCAGAAAAAAGAUUUAACUUGGAAGAAAUGUGUCUUCAUGUAGCAGUGGAAAUUCGCGAAUUAGGUGGGAAUAUUAAGAAGGUUACGGUUCAAGGGUUUUAUGAGAGAAAUAUCAAGAAAAAGGAUGUGUACAUUAGUACUUUAGAUGAUAUUGGUUUAUGGUUAGAUAGCAAACUUAAUGUAGUUAAUAAUGCGGAGUAG